CUUCUCAAUGUACAUAACAUAGCAAAAUGGGAAAUUUCAACAUGGAGUACUACUUACCAAUAAUGGUUAUGUUAUUGAUACAGUUAAUAUAUUCAGGCUUGACUCUUGGUACAAGAAUUGUACUUUUGGAGGGUUUGAGUCCAAUGGUAUUUGUAGUAUAUCGCUAUGCUUUUGCAACCAUUUUUCUUGCUCCUGUUGCUUAUUUAUCAGGGAGAAAUUCUGGCUCCUCCCAUUCCUUAAAUUUAAAGAGUUUUUCUUGGAUAUUCAUCACUUCACUAGUUGGCAUUACCUUGGAUCAAAAUUUACUAUCUUGGGGUUUAUAUCUAGUCUCUUCUUCAGUUACAAGUGCAAUGUGCAAUCUAGUUCCAGCAGUGACAUUUGUAAUAGCAGCUUUCGUAGGAAUGGAGCAAGUGAAUAUUAGAAGUUUGAGAACUAUAGCCAAAAUAAUAGGAACAAUUAUAGGUGUAAGUGGAGCAGUGUUCAUUGCACUAUUGAAGGGUCCAAAGCUGCUAAAUGCAGAAAGCAUAACUUCAAAAUCAAUCAUUGGCACAACCUUAGGAAGUGAUGAGAAUUGGUUGCUUGGAUGUUUGGUUCUUUUUGGAAGCUGUGUUGCCUGGUCAGUUUGGCUUAUUUUGCAGGUUCCAGCAUAUGCAAGCCAUCCAAAUACCUUAUCUCUUUCAGCCUGGAUGUGUUUAAUGGCAACAUUACAAUCAUCACUAGUGACACUAUUCAUGGAGGCAGAUCUAAAUGCGUGGAAGAUUACUUCUCUACUUCAAUUUGGUUGCAUUUUAUAUUCAGGAGUUAUGGGAUCCGCAGUAGCCUUGUGUCUCCAAGCAUGGUGCAUUUCAAGAAGAGGACCUCUAUUCUCUGCUAUGUUUACUCCUGUUUCCACAUUAAUUGUGACUGUAUUAGCUGUUUUGUUGCUUCAUGAGGAAGUAUACAUUGGAAGCUUGAUAGGUGCAAUUGGAGUGAUCAUUGGCUUGUAUAUUGUUCUUUGGGGAAAAGCUGAAGAUGUAGUUGAUGUGAAAGAGAAGGGAAAUCAAAAAUCUAUCGUUAAUGCGACAGAGGGAAUUGUUGCCAAUGAAUAUUGUGAAAAAACAUACUGUAAAACUGAUUUGGAAGAUCCUCUUUUACCCUGAUGAAUCAACAUUACAUUACUGCUAUUUUGUGCUAGAAUAAAUGAAUGUCACAUUGGCAUUUCUAUUUUUGCUUUCCUUGAUAUAGCUUUUGAGCAUUAUAGAUGAACUUUAAACAUUUUAAUCUUUUUAUGCAUGUGUGUCUGUGUGUAUGUAUUCAUGCAUGUAUAAAAGCAUUAAGAUUGAUUAUUGAAUUGAGAUGUUCAAAUAUAGAA